CCUGCUGAACUCUAAAGAAACUCAGGCAGAGCUCGGCUGGACGUCGUACCCCUCCAAUGGAUGGGAGGAGAUCAGUGGCGUGGAUGAGAAGUACAAGCCCAUCAGGACCUACCAGGUGUGUAACGUGAUGGAGCCGGCGCUGCAGAACAACUGGCUACAGACAGGCUGGGUGGCGCGGCGCGGCGGCCAGCGCAUCUUCGUGGAGCUGCAGUUCACGCUGCGCGACUGCAACAGCAUCCCGGGCGUGGCGGGCACCUGCAAGGAGACCUUCAACCUGCUCUAUGUGGAGUCGGACAAAGACCUGGGCCGGGUGACCCGCGAGGAGCGCUACACCAAGAUCGACACCAUCGCCGCCGACGAGAGCUUCACGCAGGGCGACCUGGGCGAGAGGAAGAUGAAGCUCAACACGGAGGUGCGGGAGAUCGGUCACCUGAACCGGAAAGGGUUCCACCUGGCGUUCCAGGACGUGGGGGCGUGCGUGGCCUUGGUGGCGGUGCGGGUGUACUACAAGCGCUGCUUGGCCACGGUGCAGAACCUGGCUGUGUUUUCCGAUACGGUUGCCGAGGCGGCGUUCGCCACCCUGGUGGAAGUCAGGGGAGCCUGCGUCAACAAUUCCGAGGUGGACACGGACAGCCCUCCCAGGAUGCACUGCAGCGCCGAAGGGGAGUGGCUGGUGCCCAUCGGGAAGUGCAGCUGUUCAGCGGGUUACGAGGAGGGCCACAGCAGCUGUGAAGCGUGUCCCCCUGGCUCGUACAAGAUGUCUUCCAGACAGCAGGAGUGUUUUGCUUGCCCGGCCAGCAGUGUGGCGGAGGAUGAAGGCUCGGUGGUGUGUGUGUGUGAGGAAGACCACUUCAGGACCCCUCUGGACAACCCCUCGGCCCCCUGCACCCGCCCCCCCUCUCCUCCCAAAGACUUGGUCUACACCCUCAAGCAGUCCACCCUGAUCCUGGAGUGGGGCGCGCCAACGGACACGGGCGGCAGGGGGGACCUGACCUACAGCGUGGGCUGCCGCCGGUGCGUGGGGCUGCAGUGUGAGCCGUGCGGGGCCAGCGUGGGCUUCAUGCCCCAGCAGAGCGGGGUGACCGAGCGCACGGUGACCGUGGUUAACCUCAUGGCCAACUCUAACUACACGUUGACGGUCGAGGCCCUCAACGGAGUGUCGGAGCUCCUGCCCAACAAGAGGUUCUACACACAGGUCAACGUGUCAACUAGCGUGCCAGCGCCCUCUCUGGUGAGUGAGUUUCGUGCGGAGAAGAUUGAGCAGCGCAGCCUCACGCUGGUGUGGAGGGAACCUAGCUACCCCAACAGCAGCCGCACCGAGUACGAGAUCAAGUACUACGAAAAGGAACAGAAGGACAAGAGCUACUCAACGGUCAAGACGGCCGCCACCCGCAUCAGCGUCAACAACCUCAAGGCCGGCACCACCUACGUCUUCCUCAUCCGCCCCUUCUCCACCCCGGCCCCCUCCUCCUCCCUCCUCUCCGCCUCUUCCUCCUCCUCUUCCUCCUCCCCCUCUCCCAUCGACUACGGAGGCUACAGCGCUCCCCUGGAGCUGCAGACACUUGGUGAAUUGGCGCUGGCGUCCAGUGAGCAGAACCCAGUAAUCAUCAUCGUGGUGGUGUCUGUGGCCGCCCUCAUCAUGCUGCUCUCUAUGGGAGUGGGCCUGCUCCUCUGGAGAAGACAAUGUGGAUACAGCAAGGCCAGUCAAGAGGGAGACGAAGAGCUCUACUUCCAAUUUAAGAUCCCGACCCGGAGGACCUACAUAGACCCAGAGACGUGUGAGGAUCUGGUGCAGGCUGUCCUCACCUUUGCCAAAGAGCUCGACAACUCCAGCAUCAAGAUAGAGAGAAUUGUCCACACAGGUGACUUUGGGGAGGUGUGUCGUGGCUGUCUCAAGCUGCCCAGUAAGCGGGAGCUUCCGGUGGCCAUCAAGGCACUGAGGGCCGGCUGCUCAGAGAAACAGAGGCGCUCCUUCCUCAGCGAGGCCGGGAUACUGGGACAGUUUGACCACUCCAACAUCGUCCGUCUGGAGGGAGUCAUCACCAGCGGUAACACCAUGAUGAUUGUGUUGGAGAGCAUGUCCAAUGGGCCCCUGGACUCCUUCCUCAGGAAGCACGAGGGCCAGCUCUCCGUGCUCCAGUUGAUGGACAUGCUGGGGGGCGUGGCCUCUGGGAUGAAGUACCUGACCGAGAUGGGCUUCGUCCACCGCCGCCUGGCUGCCCACAAGGUACUGGUCAACGCCAGCCUGGGCUGCAAGGUGUCCGGCUUCAGACCCUUCCAAGAGGACAAGAUGGAGGCCAUCUACAGCACAAUGCAUGCGGGGAAGAGUGUGGUGUUGUGGACAGCCCCAGAGGCCAUCCAGUACCACCGUUACAGCUCAGCGUCUGACGUCUGGAGCUUUGGCAUCGUCAUGUGGGAGGUCAUGUCCUACGGAGAGAGACCCUACUGGGACAUGGGCAACCAGGACGUGAUCAAAGCGAUAGAGGAUGGCUUCCGCCUGCCCGCCCCUAUGAACUGUCCACCCCACCUCCACCAGCUGAUGUUGGACUGUUGGCAGAAGGAGAGGACCGAGAGACCCACCUUCAGCCAGAUCCACUCGGCUCUCAGCAAGAGCAUCCGCAGCCCCAACGGCAUCGGCUCCUCCACACUGGCACGCAGAACCCUCCCUCAGCUAGGAACCCUCCCUCUGGGCUCCUCCAUCUCUCUGGCAGAGCGGACUCUUCCGUCGUUCCCCUCGUUUAACUCGGUAGGGGAGUGGUUGGAUGCGGUGGACAUGGGGCGCUACAAGGACAACUUCACCGCGGCAGGAUACUGCUACCUGGAGUCUGUGGCCCGUAUGACAGUCCAAGAUGUAUUGAGUCUAGGCAUCACCUCUCUGGAGCACCAGAAACAGAUCCUGUCUGCCAUCCAGACCCUUAGAGCCCAGGUCAUCCAGAUGCACGGCAGAGGGGUGCAGGUCUGACACACACACACACGUGCAAAUGGACGGACGGACGGAUAGAAGGAUUUUCACAGAGGAGAGACUUGUCUCUCAUCCAGAUGGACAACAUGAAGUGGAUAGAGAGAUCGGAAGAGAUAUCGCCACACUGCACCCACUCACUCUUCCUCCUCCUCCCUCUCUCUAAGUCCUUGGGAGCGAGGCAUCUUCCAGUCAUGUGAUCAACGUACUUUGUCAAAAGUCAUAUGACUUUUGUCUGCACGCUGACCCAAAUUGACUGGAUGUCCGCUCUGACAACAGGCCCUGGAUCAGUAGUUACAGAGACUUAAAACUACCCGGAUAGAGAAGUACUGUCCACCUAAAAUGUCUGGCACUGCUCUCAAAACAUGGGGUAAUUACAUUUCCUUGAUGGAGAAGAACUGUCCCCUCAAGCAGAGUAAUACUCUACUGAACCACUUGUCUCAGAACUGAGGUUAAAACCAACCUGGUUAAGAAGUACUGUCCAUUACAGGGCUGCCCCUCUACCACUGGUCUCAGAACAGUGGGAUAAGGCACUAAUGGUGAAAGUUCUGUCUGUCGAACAGGGCUAAAAUGAUAAAACUGGUCUCAGUUCAAUGGUUAAAACAUUACUGUUCCGGCCUCUGAAGUGAUCGAGUGACUGGUUCCCACAGUGUGGGCGGAGCCCAGGCCGUGUCAAGUCGUACGUAGCCCGACCAAUCACGAGGCUGGAAAAAGACUUACCUUCAGAAGGAAACUACUGAUUAAAAAAUGAAAACUAGAAAACUGUAAAUCGAAACAAAGGAUUUUCGUGUGUUUGAUUGUUAAUUUCUAUUUAGUCUGUUACACAAUUUGUCUUUUUUAAAGUUUUUCCGUUAACCGUCUCUGCUCUCCCGGUGUUUUCUCAGUGUGUGGAAUGGCUAAUGUCCCUUAGCCGGGAUGUCAGUGGUAUCAUGUAGCGUCUCGCUAAUAUAUUUCUCCUGUCUAAAAAGCAUUUUCACUACAUGGGUAUAUUGCACUGUUGAGAAUAAAGGUCAAGUCUCAA